AUGGAAGGUCCGCGCGUCCGCAGCCCCUACGCCACCUCCUCCUCAUCCUCUCCCCCUCACUGCGCCGCCACCUCCUCCUCGGAUGCGCGGAUGGAAGGUCCGCGGCCCUGCACCCCCAAAUCGCAGAACGUGUGCACCAUCCGGCCGCUGGUGACGGUGAUGUGCUUCCACCAGCUCUCCGAGGGCAUGGGACUCGGCGGCUGCAUCCUGCAGGCGAAGUACGUCGCGAGGAUGAAGGCGGGGCUGGUGUUCUUCUUCUCCACGACGACGCCGUUCGGGAUCGCGCUGGAGCUGGCGCUCACCAAGAUGUACAGGGAGAACAGCCCCACGACGCUCAUCGUGCUUUGGUGCAGGGAUGCUUCUUGAGGUUUGGAUAAACAAAAGA